CUCUGUGACAGGGCUGGGCAGGCAGAGGCUUCUCAGGUUCAAGGGAGACGAGGGAGCAUGCAGGACCCGGGUCCUAGCUCCUCUUACUACUCCGCAUUCCCCGACACGGCUGAUGGACCGGUUCGUCCACCUUCACCACCUUCUUCACCUCGACUGAAUGGCAGUACUCUUGCCGGUCCUUCGACGGAUGAGACUCUCUACGCGAUCCUGAACCUUCCUCGCAAUGCUUCGGAAGCAGAGAUCCGUGAUCGUUAUCGAUCGCUCGCAUCGACAUUUCAUCCCGAUAGACAGCGAGAUGACGCGGCGCGUCGAGCUGCCCAUGGACGUUUUCAAGAGAUUCAACGUGCUUAUGAAGUCUUGACGGAUCCGACGAAACGGAUGAUCUACGACAUGUUUGGAGAGGAAGGAUUGAGGACUUCGUGGGAAGUAGGACAUCGAGUCAAGACUCCUGCAGAGCUGAGAAAGCAUUUCGAAAAGCAAUCUAACGCCAAACGACAGUUGGAGAUUGACGCCUUGGUUAAAUCAAGAGGCGAUAUGACGGUCGUCUUCGAUGCUCGAGCUGUAUUCUUGCCAAAGAGCGUUUUCCCCCAUCCUGAACGAUUAAAACAUGAUGCAAUCUCGAGAAUACAGAGGACAAGACCUGGACGUAUUGCCAUGAAGCAUUCUUUCGAGGUACCUCUAUCGGAACGGACGCAGUUCAUCUGUGCGGGUCAAAUGAUCGCUCGGAAUGGACAAGGAGGAGCAAACGUUGUCGGAACGAUCAAGCACCAAUUUUCGCCGAGAUUAUGGAUCGAAGUCGGCACUGGAUUGUUGCCGCCAAGGGCAUUGAACAUGAAGGGGACAUAUACAGUGGAUGAGAAUACAUACGUGACUGUCAAUGCUGUGGCGCAGACUCUGGCUGCUCCUCCGCGAAUGUCGAUAAGUUUGGGUCGGAGGAUCUACGCCCAGACUACAGGAUUUAUCACCUACAAAUCAGGUUUUUUCAACCUCGGCUCCUGGGGUCUCUCCCUUCCGCCUCAAUUGGCCUUGUCUGAUAGGUCAGGUUUGUCAGUAGGAGCCACAACGGCGAAUCGUGACGGAACGGGAUGGACCGUAGAGACGCAAGCAGGGCUGAACGACUCGCAUAUAUCUGCAGAUUGGUCGACCAGGAUAUUAGGCGUCAGGGUCAAGCUUGGUGUUGCUGGAGGGUCCUCGGAUGGGAUCAACGCAUUUGUAGAUGCUGAAUCGAAAGUAUCCAACACGACCAGAGUUGGCUACAUGGUCCAGGCGGAGUUUGCGGGCGGUAUCACGGCCAGAAUACGAUUCGCUCGAUUAGGUCAACGUAUAGCCAUUCCGAUCGUCUUGGCACCCAACGUCAACCCAUAUGUUCUAUUUGGAUUCACCUUUGUCCCUGCAGCAGGGUAUGCAGUCCUUCACCAUUUCUAUCUCUCGCCACGCCGUCGCCGGCGUAUAAAAGAACGCGUUCAGGAAUUGAGAGAAGAGAACGCUGAAAUGAUCGCUCAAAAGAAGAUGGAGGCUCACGAGGCUGUUCAAGUGAUGGAGCGACCGACGGCUCUGAAGCUAGCCGCAGAACAGGAAAAGAGGGGCCUCAUCAUUAUUUCUGCUCACUACGGUCUCGCGAGCGCUUUCACUGAACGUGGGCGUCGCGAGACGGGAGGAGCGGAAGAUAUCAUCGAUGUGACUGUACCUGUGCAGGCUCUGGUCAACGAUAGCAGAUUGAUCAUCCCGGGUGGACGGGGCAAGCAUGCUCUGCUUGGAUUCUGGGAUCCAUGCAUCGGAGAGCGCAAGAAGCUGCGCAUACGGUAUAGCUUCCGGGACACCUUGCAUGAGGUCACUGUGGAUGAUACAGCUGCGGUCAGGGCGCCGCUAAAGGAACACUUGUUGGACUCGGGCCGGUAGCCCUGACCUACAUGACAAUCGCUCAUACACAUCUCAUAAUGCAUCGACUGCAUCUCAU